CCUGAUUGCCUGCUGGCGGGAUCGCUGUCGCUGCUGUGGAAUAUGUCAUUUAUCAAUUGCCUCCUCAAUCUUUACCUAGCCUGUACCCCGCUCGCCGCUCCGAACUACGCCGCUCAAGUUUUGCUGUGUAGACCGACAAGGCGGAUACAAACACCAAUAUUAGGACGGAGGGGCCUAGGGACCAAUUAUACGGUUUCCAGUGGAGGCUACGAACUUGUGCCUUGUGAGGAGGGCUUAAGGAGUGAUAAAUCCCCGGAAGCGUUGAUUGGGAAGGGAAUAAGUUAUAUGCCUAGGGAUACGCCGCACAAUUGGCUGACUUGGGCUUUACAAAUGUCAUGUUGUGGAGACGGAGGCGCGUUUUUGGCUUUGCUGCCUGUAUCCCUUCGCAUGUCGCCGGCCACUGUCUUACAGGCUGCCAAGACGCCUUUCCUGGUUAUAUAACGUCUUUCACCGGGAACCGAGAUCCACAGCUUAGCAAGACAGGAGACGAUACAAGCAGUCCCUACAGAGUACACCUUGCCUAGGUCCUAGCCCGAGUCCCGGAUAUGGAUGGAAUGGUUCUGCUCCAUGCAAGUAUCACGAGGAGGCAUAGGCUCUAACGGCGCUAGCAGGGGAGGGGGGUC